AUGUCGACUCUUGAACCCAAACAGAAGACCCUCCUGGCCGCAGACCGCAAGUCUUCGAUCUCGAGUAGUGCUGAUGACAAGGAUCCAAUUUCCACUCCCUCGUCCGGCGGAGCCACCGCGCCGGCCGAUGAGGAGCUCACAAAGCUGAGGGUAUUGCUCAUCCUCAUCAUGACGGGCACGCUCAUGUUCCUUGUAGCUUUGGACAAGACCAUCAUCGGUGUCGCACUGCCGUCCAUCUCGAACGAAUUCCAUUCGCUCAACGACGUUGGCUGGUACGGUUCCGCUUACAUGGCAACCACGGCUGCAUUCCAACUCGUGUGGGGUCGCAUCUACAAGGCCAACCCGGUCAAACCCACGUUCCUGAUCGCCGUACUCAUCUUUGAGGUCGGUUCCGCUGUCUGCGGUGCUGCUCCCAGCUCCAAGGGCUUCAUCGUUGGAAGGGCGGUUGCAGGCGCUGGAGGUGCCGGCAUCAUGAACGGCGCCAUCUCAAUUUUGAUGGCCGUUGUUCCACUCGAAAAGCGAGCCGCUGCACAAGCGAGUUUUGGCGCUGUGUUUGGCAUCGCAUCCGCGCUGGGUCCUUUGCUUGGCGGCGCUUUUACGCAACGGGUCUCGUGGCGAUGGUGCUUUUACAUCAAUUUGCCCUUUGCUGUCGUUGCUGUCCUUCCUGUCAUCUUCUUCCUCGAUGGAAAAAAGACCGCCGACAAGGGCAAGACCACGCCACCGUUCUUGCAGCAGGUUCGACAGCUCGAUCCCGUCGGUGUCAUCCUCGUGCUUGGCAGCAUCGUCUCCCUGAUUCUUGCCCUGCAGUUCGGUGGUCAGGCAUCGUCAGCGGACAGCCUGAAUUCGUGGAACACGCCUCGCGUCAUUGCCCUGCUGGUGGUGUUCGCCGUCGCUCUGCUUGCCUUCAUCGCAUGGCAAAUCUACAUGAAGGACCGCGCUCUGCUGCCGCCCAAAGUGUUCGUCGAGAGGUCCGUACUUGGAUCGUUCUGGUACAUGUGGUUCCUUGCCGCGUCCAUGACGGUGCUCUUCUACUACGUACCCAUCUGGUUCCAGGUGGUCAAAGGCCAGACGCCCAUCAGGAGCAGCUACAGCACGCUCGCUUCCAUCGUACCUUUUUGCGGUGCCAACAUCAUCGCCGGAGUGAUCGUCAAGAAGACAGGCCACUACGCUCCUCCCAUGAUCCUGCCGCCCGUCAUUGGCUCGAUCGGUGCUGGGCUCAUCACGACCUGGACUUCGACCUCGCCCAAGGCGCAGUGGGCCGGAUAUCAGGUGCUGUACGGCCUUGGCAUGGGCGUGGGUAUGACGGGUGCUUCGCUUGCUGUACAGGCCGUGCUUCCAACGCCGGACGUGCCGCUCGGAAUUGGUGCUAUCUUCUUUGCGCGCGAGAUGGGCAGCGCCGUGUUUGUCGCGGCGGCAGAGAACCUGCUCUCCUCCCGUCUCGUCAAGGGGCUCGAGCAGAUCCCAGAGCUCAAAGAUCGAGCUGCGCAAUUGGCACAAGCCGGAGUUGCCGAGAUCCGACGUGCUGCCGAAAGCAUGGGCGAGCAAGUGCUGCGCGAAACAAUCGGAGCUUUCACCGCUGCACUGCGCAAUGUGUGGUACCUUGUGGUGGCGCUGACGGUGGCGAUGAUCGUACCGUUCUUCCUGAUCAAGUGGUUGAACCUUAACAAGAUCGGUAAGGAGCGGGCUGAGCAAGCCAAGGCGGCCAAGAAGCAAGCUAGCAAGGCGCACGAGGAGGCGUGA